GAACGACGGAACGAACCGAUGACUUCCGGACAAAUAAAAAAAAGUUGGAUCCGGCUCUUUCCGCUGCCACUGCUAGCGUCCUAGCAACAGACAUUGGUUCCUCGCAGUUUCGGUUUUAACAAAGUUGAUAAUUGAAUGACUCUUACAGAGUCCUUGAACAACUAUUCAUGGCUGUCUCAAGAUCAGUUAAAAAGUUGUUCGAGGGCAAUUCACCAGUGAAUAAAUAUGAUCUUCUUACACUGGAACAGCAAGGAGUUGGAUUGACGGAAGAGCGAAUGGUAUUAGCCUUUCAAGCCCUUGAUGAAUUGAUACCAAAUCUUGGUGUUUUUUCCCGGAUAUUUCAAAAACUGAGAGAGGAUUUAUUUGAGGCUGUUUAUAGUGAUGAACUCACAGGGUCAGCUGAAAGCCAAGGAGUUGGGGACAGUGGCUAUAUUCAGAGACUUCCUUACUUUUCUUUGGUCAGACAAGUGUACAAUGAAAGACAUGAAUUUACAGAAGAACUCAAGGAACAACUUGAAAUUGUAAAGAAAAGGCUUUUUGACAAGCACAAACAGCUUGAGGAAGCCCAAGAAACUAUUGCAGACAAAGAGGACCACAUAAGUGUUUUGAAUUCUACAAAGGAUGAGCUCCAGUCUAUCAUUGAAGAUAAGGACAAACAAAUUGAAGAGCUUGAAGAAGAGCUUGAGCAGACAAGAGAUCAGGCAAGAAACAAAGAACAUCAACUUGAAUGUGAUAUUGCUGAUCUCAAGGAGUCACUUGAUGAAGCCAAAACAGAGAUUAACUAUCUGUCACAGUUCAAAAAGGGAUAUGAUGAUCUCUACUAUGCCUUCAUGGAAAAAAAUGAUGCACUGGAUUGCAAUCCAAAGAAAAAGAAAAAGUCAAUGAUAUCUACAAAGCGAGCAAAUUUGCUGAGUGGGGCUGAGUCUGCACAAAAGCUGGAAGAGCAAGUUCUGUCUGUUAUGAACACAGCUAUUGAAGAAUAUGACAAGUACAUUGAAACUCACAAGACAGAUCUUGUGGAGAAGGUUUACCACGAAGACAUGACUGAGGCAGAAUUGGACUUGCAGGAUCUAGAGAUGAAUGAAGCAGAUGAAGAGCUGGAAUCUGUCCAAAAACGGUUCCAGGGCACCAUUGGGAACCUGAUGACAGAGCUGGAGUUACUACGUCAACACAGUACCAUGUUGAUGGAGCAGCUUCAGAUCUUGGAGGAAAUCAAACCGGCUGCACCGAGGAAGAAAGAGACAAAAGCUGCAAAUGGAAAAGGAGAUUCUCUUUUGUUUGCUGGGUUAGAAGAGGAAGAGAUCACUGAGGAAGUUGCUGAUCCGUUCAUUCCCCAAGAAAGAGUCUUCAGUAAAUACGCUGCCAUGCUGUACACUUCCAACAACCACGGGAAAACGUUUGAGGAGUUCAAGGAUGCAAAAUACUGUGCCAGUUGUGGGGAAAAAACUGUGAUAUGUCCUCACAAGUUGGGAGGAGCUGAGAAAAUUUUUAUUCUCCCUCACAACUGCUCUCACAUCAAAAUCAUACGACCAAAAGUGAGGAUCAACAAAGAAUUUGCAGAAGAUAUUAUGAAACCCCAGAGCCCGGACCCCACCCUAGACUUUGCCCCAUCCAUGAGCAGUGCAGGCCACAGCUUUGUGUCAGGUCAGAUCCAGGACAUGCCAGCCACACCCGGCACAGUCACAUCCAGGGAGAGUCCGUCGCUGGGAGCUGGGGAGGUUUACAUGGUUCACACUAUGCAAAGGUUAUGGGAUGACUACAGACAACGAACAAGCAUUGAAAGAACAAUCCCAAGAGCUCUUGAUCCAGAGAGAUCAAAAUCCCUUCUCGAGCAGUUCCUUGGUUAUGUUGUGUGGACUGAUGAGUAUACCACUGAUGAGGAAGCAAACUUGUCUAUUUUGGACACCUUGUACUGCUUCAUGCAUGACCGAUACCUGGUGGAAGAUGUGAUGUACAUGGCUACUCAUGACUUCUUGUCUGCUAUCACAGAAUAUAGUGGAAUAGACAAGAUGCUUCAACUCCUUGGCCAUGUCCUGGUUGGCAACUUGGAUGCGUCAUGUCUCCGCUAUGUUCUUCUGAUGUGUGACUUCAUAUCUGCCGUGGACUGGAGAGAAGUGGAAGAUUUCAGGGCAUUCACAUCAGUUGUUUACCCUUUUCUCAAUGAAGAUGACCUCGAGAGCCUCCAGAUGAGUUAUACUUCCUACAGUGAGAACAGAAUUUCUCGCCAGAGGGUUUCCUCUUUCAUCAUCCACAUCAUACUGAAGUACAGAGAGCCUCGGUUUCAUGAUCUUGAAAACAGGCUGGUGGCCUUUCAGACCAGUGAAGGGGGACAACUGAAUGAACGGGAGUUCAAAGAAGCUCUUGACAGCUUGUUGCCCCUGAGCAAUGAGCGCACCAGGAGGCGGUUAUACAUGCAGGCUGAGCGAGCUGUGAGGUGGGACGGCAUCAUUGCAGCAGUGCCUAUCAUGAGAUUGGCUCAAAUCUCUGGUUACCUUGCCUUACAGCAGAUCACUAAUCUGGUAAAGGAAAACGUUGCUGUCAGAGUGGCAGAGUGGAGGGACAGGCCAAGCAGUGCUGGCUCAGUCCCUCGUCAGGGAGACGUGACUCAUGAGAUCAUAAGUUUCGACAAACUUCUCUCUCUGUCCGAUGUGAAACUAAUGGCUGCUAAUAUGAACAGACAAGCCAAAAACAGGGAAGAAAGAAAGACAACUUCAUCUCAAGAUGAUGAUGAAGAAGACUGGUGAACAGAAAGCUAUUUAUAAAACUAUCCAAAAGAAUUGAUUGAAGGAUACAUUGCUCAUAGAUUAAUAAAGACAAGAGUACAAAUACAUGUCACUUUCAGUUUCAUUUCUAUUGCAGACCCUGAGCAAGUGUAUAGCUUGGCUCCUUAGCUGAAAGCUUUGUUACAGUUUAUGCAAACUUUUGUCUUUGGUUCAUUAUUAUCAUUGAAUGGUUAGAUCAUUAUUUUGUUGUAAACAACUUGUAUUGCUUUGAAUUCAUCAAGGGCAAUGAAACACUGACAUUCUUUUGUCAUGAACGUUUUCUCUUUUGUUACUUUACUUCUUGUACUUCUAUGGAAUUGAUGUUGAUAGAAGGAAUGGAAGAAUAAACUUAAUAAAGAGCAAAGAAAUGCCUUUGCUAAUUUCCUUCGCCAUGUAGACAUGGAUGCCCAUUUGUUUGCAACUUAAUAAUGCAGCACAGGUCAGUAAAGAUAACAAACAUGACCAAGAUGGACUUGCUUUGUUUGAAAACAUGGUUAUAGUCAGAUUUUGUUCUUAUUGACUGAGACCGUCUUAAGACCCUUGCAAAGGAAGAUGAUGUGAAACAAAAAUAAACAAACUUUGUGUUAACGAUCACUAAGUUAGACUCACUCCACAUUUUGGUGCCCUCAGUCCGACUUUGUGUCCUUGGGAAAGGCGCUUUACAAGAGUUUUCCCAUUUGACUCGCUCCUAUAGAGAUGAAGGUCAAAUUCAGUGGUCCCGUCUCUUAAAUAACCUUAAAGUGUUGCAGAGAGUGUUAAACCUCUACUCAGUUUUGCACCUCUGUUGUAUAUCGUGUCAGUUCAUGUAGUGUAGGAUUUCCUGUCUUUCUGUUGUUAGAGAAAAAGAUCUGAUGUUAUUGGAUGGCGAACAAAAAAGAAAUAUGAAUUACACCUCAGCAAAAAGAGAAAAAAAAAUCAUGUGAGUUAAAAAGUAAAGUAUGGAACAUCCGAAAUUCCGUUUUUGAAAGAGUGAAACUUUAAAUGUUGCAUCAAUCAAGCCAUAGUAGGCCACGAGCCCUGGGUCUUCUGUUUAAGGGGGGGAGUUUGUGCAUGCUGCUGCGAUUGCUGCUGAAAAACGUAAAUUUGCAAUGGAGGGCCUGCUUACCAGCUAGUAUAUAGUACAAGAUGCAAAGUAAGCCUCAAAUAAAACUUACAAAAAAUAUGCAAUGAAAACCGCACCCAUCAGAAGUUGGUAAUGUUAAUAAUUUUCUGCACCUCAGCAACCGACUAGUUUGUGAAUUGAUGUAAACUUGAUACACAGAGGCUUAUUCAGAACUAUUCAUUGAUAACUGCUCGAAAAGUCUGCUUGCCAUUAUAAUGCAUGACAUUUCACAAACAAAAACAGUGAAAUUUUCAUGCUCUGCCUUUACUGUAUUUAAUAAAUUAUUCUGAGCAACAUAAAAAUUUUCCUUCAUACUCAUACAUCCAUUUCUUGCUACUGUCAUCCAUACUAUGCUUUUUCGCCACUUUGUCUUUGGUGUGGCAUACAUUAAUGUAUGACUGUAAGUAAAAGGAAUUAAAGAUUACCAUUUUAAAGAGUUAA